GGAAGUUUGCUGGAGAGGUUACUGGUGACUGUCUUUUCUUUACUGAGGAGUGCCCUAGUGUCUGAUAUUGGCUGGUCCCUUGUGAGAAAGACCAGAGAAUUUUUUGUUACCUCACUGAAUAAUGGAUGCAGAUAACGAAGGAAGAGGCAAGAGAAAUGUUUCUCACAUGGCUGAGACAGAAAAGAAGAAGUUCGUUAAUACCUUCUUCACAGAAAUGUAUGCCUUGAUGCAAGCUUAUGGCUUUUCUGUGACAGACGAUGAAGCUAAAAACUUGUGGAGAACCUGUGCUCUUUCACAGAAGAAAAAAGCCAAUCAAGGAAAGUCUCGAAAGAAAUCUGACUGUUAUAGCUUUGAAGACUUCCAAAGUAUGGCACUACAAUCAUUAGAUGGCUUUUUGCUAAUACUGAGCACAGAUGGAGUGAUCAUGUUUGUGACUGAAAACGUCUCAUCUAUCCUUGGCUAUUUACCAGAUGAGCUUGUGGGUCAAAGAUUACUAAGCCUUCUGCCUGAAGAAGAGAAAAGAGAAAUCUUCAGAAAGAUUGCUCUCACAUUUCCUGUGUCAAACAUAGUGGGGGAGCAUAAUGAGUUUUGCUGUCAUUUAAGAAGAGCUCAAGCCAGACAUAGUGAUUUUCCUACUUACGAAUAUGUGAAAUUUAUUAUGAGUGUAGAAGAUCUUGCUGAGGGGCCUGUGACACUUUUGAAAAGCUGCUUCCCCAGGCAAACCUACAAUAUGUCACUUUCCACAGUCCUUCCUCUGGAGGAUCGAUUUUAUAUGGUGGGGACCGUUUGUGUCCUCAGGGCUCCGAUCCUACAGGAACUUGCCGAUAUGAAGAAAGCCAAUGAAGAUGUUAUAGUGAUACAAGAUUCAGAUGAAGAAUGUCCAUCUUCUGACUAUAGAAGUGUUCAAAGCCAAGAGAGUCCUAGGAUGCAAAAGAUGCAAUGCCAGUCAGCUCAGGCUCCUGCUGCUGCUUCUGACGAUGAAGUUGACAUUGUAGAGAAUAAGAAGUAUGGACCACAAGAAUGUAUUCCUGUAAUAAGUAUAGACUCCGACACAUCUUCUGUAACAAACAUAUCUGAAGCUAGAUUUCCAGGCAAGUCAUUGCAGCGUUUUCAAUUUAAAUAUGAGGUGCGUAGUUUGCGUGUUGUGGUCAAAGGAAAUGAAGAGGAUGAAGGAGAAGAGGAGGACGAGGUGGAAGAGGUGGCUGAAGUAAAAGAAGACGAUGAAGGGGAAGAGGAGUACGAAGUGUAUGACGCAGAGGAUGAGGAUGAGAAUGAGGAGGAGGAUGAGGAUGAGAACAAGGAUGAGGAUGAGGAGGACAAUGAGGAUGACGAUGAGGAGGAGGAGGAGGUUGAGGACGAGGAUAAGAAUGAUGAUAAGGAUGAGAAUAAAGAUGAGGAUGAGGUAGAUGAAGGGGGAGAGGAGGAGGAGGUGGACCAGAUGGAAGAGAUGGAUGAGGUUGCAACACCUCCACAAGAAGAGAACAAUGAAGACGAGGUGAAUCAGAUGGAUAAGAUGGAAGAGGCGCCACACGAGAGCACCUCAUCCUCCACUCAGCUUGCUGACACCAUUGCUCAGCUAUCACACAUACCAUUGGAAUUUAGAGCAUACAUCGCAAAACGUGAGCUGGAGCUUACAAAUAUGUUUAAAGAGCAGCUGAAAGAGAAGACCCAAAUGUUUCAGGCUGACCUUAAAAGCCAGCAAGAUGCCAUGGACAAGAUGAAGGAGCAGCUUAAGAAGCUACAGAAUCCCAAGUUGAAGGCGCUGGUAGCCCCAUUAAAACGCACUGGCAAUUCUCAGUCCAAGUCCUUCGAACCGCUGUUCAAGAAACAAUGCACUGACAGAGUGAACGUGACGGAGUUCUUAUACCCAGAUCUUACUGUGUCCAGAUAUUUCCAUGAGUCAUGUUCACCUCAACCUUUGAAAAGUCCAGAGGAGCUUGGGAAGUCUGGCAGUGCCUCCACUCAGACCCAGCCCCUCGUUGGUCCUCUCCAGUUAGUAGCUGAGCAGCAGUCCUCUGGCUACUAUCAAGAUGAAAACCUUGGCGGCCAGAAAGAGGAAAGUCGCGGUUUUUUUCCUAAGGACCAGCAAGGGUCCUCCAUGAAUCCACUGGCACUGGCACUUAACCCAAACUCCGAGACAACUUCUGCCAGCAGCUCUCCAUCUGCUGUUGCUUCUGACACAAAUGUAGUCAAGCUACAGAUCCCACAGGAGUAUUGCCAAAUUGGGCAGCAGUUAUCGACUCCACAGCGUCGCCUCUAUUUGAAACUGAAUACUUGGCAAUCCAGUGAGACUGUCACCAUGCAGGACCAAGCCACCCAGCCACAGGUGCUAGCUUCUGAGGCAGAAGCCCAGGAACGCUCAGAGCCAAAAGCUUCUCAGGACCCUGCUGAAGAUUCAUCAGAGCAAGCGAGCUGUUUCUUGUCUGGCACGCAGCCUGACCUGCAGGAGGAGAUGCAGGAGCCGUGCCGUGAUACCAAGCCUUAAGAGAAGAGGGGGGAAGAGGCUGAUGAAGCCUAUAUGACCAGGGGACCUCCAAUGCUGAGUCCCCUGGGGUAGCGGGUGGGACCCGUACUUGUUUUCUGUUUUUCUCUUGAAGUUCUGUUUGUAAUUUUUAGUUGAGCACAACAUGUUUUCUCAGAAGUCAUGCUGCAGACGUAGCCUGUGAGCCCUUAGUGUGCUAGUGUGUGACAGCAGGCAGGCCACGGCAGAGGACCGUCAUCAUAUACUUUGCCCAGCCUUACGUGUACCUGUUCUACCAGGAGUAGGCAGGCUGCACAGUCUGCUCAAGUUAGAAUACCCUUUUUCUGCCAAGAAAUAUUUCCAGCAUGGUUUGCAAUGUAGUGAGAAACGGUUCUAUUUUAAGCCACAAGAAUUCUUUGACCGUUAAGCCCUGUGUCUCCCCCAUAGUCUUGUAGGGGGAACCCAUAGGGAACAACAUUCCAACUCUGGAAAACUGAAAUCAGGUCAACAGAGGUGCUCUAAGCUCAACUAAUAACAUGUU